AAAUGAAAAGGAACAUUUAGCUAGAUCACAAUAAGUGAUUUGUGAAACAACAGUGAGGGGCUAAAAAUGAAACUUUGAUGGUGGGGUUGGAGUGAUAUGAUAGUUAUAAGAUUUUUGACCUAGUUCCCUCUAUUUUUCUCAGAGACAUUCUAUGGUACAAUUUGCUUGUACAAUAGGGAAAGAAGAGAAAAAUUGUCAGAAGAUUUCCAUUUUAGUGUUCUACCAAGUGAAAUGCUGGAUAUGCUCCGUCGGCUUCUGUAUGUCUACUAAUCCAAUUAGAGAAGCUUGCAACAGAAGAAGGGGGGAUGACUCCUUCUGUUUAUUCACGUGCACUUGAUUGAGAGAGAAAGGCAGACUGCAGUUGUGGUCUCGAAUUAUGCCUUACAGAGAGUCCUUCGCCUGGGCUAUUGUUCCUUUAUUUGAUAAUAGCAUUGGUGCAGCUUCUGGUGGAUCUGCUUCUCCUAGUAGCCCUCUUGCUCCCAGCGUGACUGGGUCAAGUUCCCAUGAGGGUGUCCUUGUGCCUGUUGUAAAGAUUACAUUAGAUGGGAAGAUGGGUUAUUCAAGCGGAAGCUCUUUUGUUGUUGAAAUAUCUAACUUGCAUAAAGUGAAAGAAAGCUAUACUAAGGUGUCACUUCAAGUAUAAUGGACAUCUAACCUUGUUUAUUUGACAUUCUAGUUGGUUUCUGGCUUUUAUUCUGUAUGGUUUACAAAGAUCCAUAGAAAACUAGUUGAAGUCCUUCAUUUCCUCCAUCCCAAUAUGUAUAAUUUUGAUUUCUUAUAAGGUUUAAUGGAGUCAUUAGAUGACAAUAUAAACUGGCUUCAGGUAU